UCUUAUCUCAUGUGUUUUAGCGGUCAAAUGACGCAAAGAGAUUAAAACACCGCUGAAUGUUAAUAAGCAGCUAAUUUAGACAUGAAAUACGCUAGCGCGCAAGCUAUUUUUAGCAUAAAUGCGCCUGAAUGCUUAGCAUGUUUCCAUAAGGCUAGUUAAUAUCACAGUACGCAAGUUUAAGGAUUAUGUAAACAUCUCGUAAUGUUUGAAAAUAGUUGGCACCCUCUGCUGACACCCGGGGGAGACUUAUAAGGCACUUCCUGUGAGGCCAAUGUGUCCUUAAUGAGCGCUAAGUUGUGCUAAUUCUGUUAGCGUUGAAAUUUGUUGCGCGCGCAUUUUAACAGUGGGACUGACUGCGGUGAUACUCAGCGUUUGGGUGCCUCUGACAGCCAUGUCUUCAACAUCUCAAAAACACAAAGAGUUUGUGGCUGAGCCCAUGGGAGAGAAAAAUGUGAUGGCUCUCGCUGGGAUUGGAGAAGUCCUUGGAAAGAGACUAGAAGAGAAGGGUUUUGAUAAGGCGUACGUUGUUCUUGGGCAGUUUCUAGUUCUGAAGAAGGAUGAGGAGCUUUUCCGAGACUGGCUCAAAGACACUUGUGGUGCAAACUCCAAACAGCAAGGUGACUGCUACGGCUGUCUCAAAGAAUGGUGUGAUGCCUUCCUAUAAGCCCUCUGGUCAAUCUGUUUUUUUUUCUCCCAAAGUCCAAAUGUACAUGACCUUUUCAGUGAUCUUGAGUCAAUUCAGCUGCGCGAUAUGUAUAAUCUGGCACUGCAAGCACCAGUUUAGUUAAUGUGACACAUGCCUCUCUUAAAUUUGUACAUUUUGCUCUCAAACCAAGAAUUUUCACUGUCGUUGCACCUUUUUGUACAAACAUUUGACCCAUUUUAGAAGCUAAAAUUAAAACUAUUAUCUUUGCCUCCUUGAUGUGUAGAUUACAAAAACUACUGUCACAGUUGUGUGCAUGAACAUGGCGGUGGAAUUCAAAUGUCAUGUAGCUUUAUUCAUAAUGAGUGUGUUUUCUGAAAUGAACACUUAAGCAGCUGGAUUUUUAAAAGAUGCUGAAUUUCAUAAAACUUUUAACAACUUUCUGUCCUGGGUUGGUUGGUACAUCUUACCUUACAAUUCCUAAAAUACACCUCUUAAACGUUCUUGUUUGUUUCCGACUAAACCUUUUACACAACUUGGACUGAAGGAAUUUUCUUUUCUGGGGUAUAAUUUUACAAACAGGUAGGUUUGAGUAAAGCUAGAAUAUAUAUUUUUUGAAAAUCAUCCACUACCAUCUACUGUGAGUUAGUCUUUUUUAAUCGAUUUCUCCGAGGAAGCAGACAGACGGGUGACUGGUGUGACGCUGGGGUGUUCUGAAGUGUUUUAAAGAUGUGUGUAGAGAUAGAAACUGCUGUUUUAACUGUUGGUCCUGCUAAUAAACAAUCUACAUGAACCGGAUCUACGCUGCACUCGUUUGAACCUGAGGAAAAAUAAACAUGUGACUCAAAACCUUUGAUACAUAUUGUUCAUGUUUUUGUAGCUGAGCUUAAAGUUGUUUUAAGAACAUAAGAUGCCUUAAUGCAUGCUGAUGUAAACAUGCAUUUAAUAAAGUCAACUGUAUUGUACGUUCAGGCUGCAUCAUUUAAGCCUACGUUCAUAUUGAUCGAUGCUUCUGCUCAUUAGCUCUCUGUUUAAAAUGCUCCCAUGUGUUUAAAUGCACGUCACAUCUGGUGUUAUGUUUACGUUUCAAUUCAAUAAAAUCACAAGACACUA